AUGCUCGGGUAUAGUCUAGCAUAUAUUCCUCAGCUGCACAGUGCUCUCAUAAUUCAGACCUGCCUCAUUAUUCAACAUGCUGAGGUCGAGCAUACACCAUAUCUUAGCCUUGAGCAGGUCAAGCAUACACCAGAUAUACACCAUGAGGAGGACGAGCAUACACCAGAUAUACACCAUGAGGAUGACGAGCAUACACCAGAUAUACACCAUGAGGAUGACGAGCAUACACCAGAUAUACACCAUGAGGAGGGCGAGCACACACCAGAUCUACACCAUGAGGAGGGCGAGCACACACCAGAUCUACACCAUGAGGAGGGCGAGCACACACCAGAUAUACACCAUGAGGAGGGCGAGCACACACCAGAUCUACACCAUGAGGAGGGCGAGCACACACCAGAUCUACACCAUGAGGAUGACGAGCAUACACCAGAUAUACACCAUGAGGAUGACGAGCAUACACCAGAUAUACACCAUGAGGAGGGCGAGCACACACCAGAUAUACAGCAUGAGGAGGGCGAGCACACACCAGAUAUACACCAUGAGGAGGGCGAGCACACACCAGAUAUACACCAUGAGGAGGGCGAGCACACACCAGAUAUACACCAUGAGGAGGGCGAGCACACACCAGAUAUACACCUUGUAUAUACCGCUCUUGGUUUCCUAUAA